UUUUCAGUGCACUGGCCGCCCUCGCAGCCCCGGUCCCCGCGGGCGGAGGGAGCCGGAGGGAGCCGGAGGGGAGUGGCCUGCCGCCCGGCGGAGGUUCCCGGAAGGGCGCCGGCGGCUGCGGGGCUGCGGCGGGCGCGGGGCCAUGGCCAGGGCGCGGAGCGUGGCGGCGGGCUGGCUGGGCGGCUUCCUGCUGCUGCCAGCUCUAGGAAUGAUUCCACCUCCUAAGAAUGUUAAGAUGAACUCGGUUAAUUUCAAGAACAUUCUACAAUGGGAGUCACCUGCUUUCCCCAAAGAGAAUCUGACUUUCACAGCUCAGUACGAAAGUUACUUGUAUUUCCAAGAUCACUGCAAGAACACUGCGUCUACCCAGUGUGACUUCUCAAAUCUUUCCAAGUACGGCGACCACACCGUGAGAGUCAGGGCUGAGUUCGCAGACGAACAUUCGGAGUGGGUGAGCGUCACCUUCUGCCCUGUGGAAGACACCAUUAUCGGACCUCCUGAGAUGCAGAUAGAAUCUCUUGCUGAUUCUUUGCAUAUGCGUUUCUCGGCCCCCAAAAUUGAAAAUGAACCUGAGACAUGGACCAUGAACAACCUUUAUAGCUCAUGGGCUUAUAGGGUUCAAUAUUGGAAAAACGGGACUAAUGAGAAGUUUCAAGUCACUUCUCCAUAUGACUCCGAGGUCAUCAGAAACCUGGAGCCAUGGACAACUUACUGCAUUCAAGUUCAAGUAUUUCUUCCUGAUCAGAACAGAACUGGAGAAUGGAGCGAACCUGUCUGUGAGCAGACAACCAAUGAUGAAACGACCCCUUCCUGGAUAGUGGCCAUCCUCCUGGUGACCUCCGUCUUUGUGGUCUUCCUCCUCCUCCUCGGCUGCUUUGGCUUGCUGUGGUUCAUUUACAAGAAGGCCAAGUACACCUUCCGCUGUAGGACAUCUAUUCCACAGCACCUGAAGGAGUUUCUGGGCCACCCCCACCCCAGCACCUUUCUGCUGCUCUCCUUGCCCGUCUCGGACAAGACCGAGGUGUUCGACAAACUGAGCAUCGUCACCCAAGAGUCUAGCGGCAGCAAGCAGAAUCUCAGCGACAGCUGUGCCCUGGGGACCCCGUGCGAGCCGGAACCUCAAGAGCUGGGGUCCAAGGAUGAAACCCCCUCACCGGCACAUUGUGACCCCUUACUUCUCACAUCUGCCUCGGAACUGUGAUCAGAAGGGCCAGUUGAGAAAACUCCAACUCGAGAACUUUCUGAUGCUGGACUUGUACAGACUACCAAAGAGCCAGGUUUUAAAAGGUCCAGUGACAAAAAAACACUCCAUGUGUUUGGAGUUUACGGCUUUAUAAAGAGUUCAAUAGUUUAGGGGCUGAGAGUGUAGCUCAGCUGAUAUAAUGUUUACCCAACACACGUGAAGUCCUAGCUUCAAUCCCCAACACCAUACAAGCCAGGAACGGCAGUGUCUGCCUAUAAGCACAACCCUUGGGAGGUGGAGGAGGAGAAGCAGGACUUCAAGGCCAAGCUGGACCGAGACCCUGUCUAUAAAAGAGAGAGAGACUUUAAUGAUUAUUUUUUAAUGACCACUGAAUGUAAUUUGAGCCCUUGGUGCUCACUAAAGUGGGACCACAUUGAAACUAUGAGAAACAGAAAUAAGGGACGGAAGUGGAAACUCUAUCAAGUCCUAAGGACGUCUGUAGACCGCCCUCAUCUCAAAAGUGGUCGGCCCCAUGCUGGGCAGACAUGGCUGUUUUGGAUUCUCAAGAAUCAGAGAGAUUUCCUUUCCUACCUGUAUGUUUUGUAUAUUGCUGGUGUUCUGUAAAUAGUCUAUAUUUGUAUAUUAUUUGUGUUUCCUAGCUUUCCGCUGCUGUAACAAAAUACAUGACGUAAACAGUUCAAAGGGCAGAAA